GCCGGCUCCAGACGCAGCGCGGCGGCUCUGCUGGAAGAGCCGGGACGGCAGCGAAAGGAGGAAAAGCCCCGGAGAAGCCCCAAAGCCGCCAGCGCAGAGCCGCGGUCAUGGGCAGCCACCCCACCGUGCUGCUGGCGCUCGCCCUCUGCGCCCUGCUGGAAGCCGGUCUGGGCCAUCUCCAGCCCGAGUCUCACCUGGCCGCGCCGCCGAGGACCAAGCGAUGUUCGUGCAACAGCUGGCUGGAUAAGGAAUGCAUCUACUUCUGUCACCUGGACAUCAUCUGGGUCAACACACCUGGGCACACCGCUCCCUACGGCUUGGGCAGCCCGCCAAGGCGGCGCAGGAGGGCCGCGGGCAGGUGCGAGUGCUCGCACUCCAGGGACAGCAUCUGUGCCACCUUCUGCCAGGGGAAGCCAGGGUACCUCCAGAGUCUGAAGCUCCCCGUGAGCUCUGGAGCACCUGUGAGGUCUGUGCAGAGCGGUGCCACGAGGCCUCCCCAUCCUGGGCUGCUGAGAGCUCUCAGGGACCUCAGGGUGUCCAGCCCGCGCUCCGGCAAGCACCAGCAGCGCUCCCGGAAGGACACCCAGCCACCGGCGCUGCCUUGGGAGAAAAACAUCUGGAAGAAGAAGAGAUAAGAGACAGGUGCACACCAAGCUCACCAGAAGAAUUUGGAGUCCUGUGGGUGCCACCAGCUCCGCUGUCGGUUGUUAGAGCUGAAGGGAAGGCCGUGAGUGGAGGGGAAGGAAGUGGAAGUCUCCGUGUUCCUGCUGCAUGAACCAGCACUCAAGGGACUGCUGUAAAGGGAAAACUGUCUCCAUGCAGUCCGAGAAGUGUCCUGGAGCUGAAUUGCGCCUUUUUGGAUCAGGCAAGGGUCGUGCUGGAGCAGCACCAGCUGGACUCUGCCCUGGAGCCCUCGGCAGAGGCUCAGCCCACGCUCAGUGGGUGAAUCACAACCAGGGGGUCUGGGCAGUGCUGGACGAGGCAGCACCGAGCCCCUGUCAGUGGCCUGGGCUGAGUCUGAGCCUGGGCCCAGCCUGGCCCCAUUCAGAGGGGUUUGGCUGCUCGCUGCAGUCAGGGAUGAGCUGCCCCCAGCCCCAGCCCACCUUUGCACUAUUUCCUCUUGUCGGUCAGUGCCUGUGGACGAGACUCCCGUGGUGAAACAGCUCCCAGUUUGUAUUAAAAGUUUCUAUCAUCAUCCUCUGGAGCCAGCUGAGCAGUCAGUGCCACUCACUGGCUGAGAAGCCACUGGGGUGAAUUUUCACUGGGGUCCUGGCUGCGGCUGAGGUGAAGGAUCAGUUACUCCAGAGCUGGCACCAAAGCGGGCACAGGGCUGGGGUGGACAGGCUGUUGUGGGGCUGGGUUUGUGCAGGAGCCGCAGCCCCCAUAGCCAGGGCAGGGUGAGCAGAGCCCUGGUGUGGGUCAGGACCCCAUCUCAUCUCCCUGGACAUACCCUGAGUGAGGACUCCCAGCUCUUGAUUAUCCCAACUUUCUCCCAGCUCUGCCUGGAGGGAAAAGCUCAGGACAGGGGGUUUGGGUGGUGGGGAGGGGGCACCCAAAGCCUGGCUUGCUGCUUGGCUUAGGUCAGCCUGAGUCGGGCUCUGGACAAUAAGUGCCCAGUCCUGGGUAGCCGGUCACCAUGGGAGGGGAACCUGGGUGGGGAAGGCCUCAGGUGAGGGGCAGCCAGGUCAGAGUGAUGUGGAGUGAAGGACUGGCAGGAAGAGCGGGUGGAACUGGAUGAUUUUAAGGUCCCUUCCAACCCAAACCCUCUGUGAUUCUGUAAGAGAGCACAGCCCUGUCUGAGCUUAGGCUCAGGUUUAAACCCAGAUCUUCUGGCCUGGGGGGAGGGAAGGAAAAAUUUGGGGAAAAACACUGAGCCCAGGGCCUGGAGAACCAACGUUGCAGGCAAACUGAGGCUCAGGGCUCCGGAGCUGUGGCACAAAUGCACUUUUAUUCCUGGGCAGACUGAGCUCUGCAGGGAGCCGUGGCUGUCACCGGGCAGGACAGGCAAAGAAUGCCCUGGAGCCACUGCUGUGUCCCUCUGCUGCCCAGCCAGGAGUACACAGGAGCUUUGGAAAGGCUGCUUGAAGUUGCUGGUGGACCAAAAUCUGUGGCUGUUGCAAGCGUCGUGCUGAUGGACAAGAAAAAUAAUUCCUUGAUUUUGCUUUAAGCCCCGGAGUGGGAUAAAAUGAGACCAGCUGAUUGUAUCAUGAAUGAAACAGCAGAUUAAUCAUUUGGUCCCCAAAGCUGCAGAGAAUCUGGUUUUAUAUUUGACCUUCUGAAGGUUGGAGUCAUUCUAAAAAACUAAAAAAAAAAAAAGGAGAAAAUCCUGAAAGGAUUUGUUCCAGAGGAAACUUUGCACAUGGUUUAAUGUGAGUAAUUUAAAAUAAAAUUCCUGCUGUAAAGUACUCUGUCAAUCUCUUCAUGUGUGCAAUGUCCCAUCCCUAAGGGAAUUACUGCACACCUGCCAUAUGUAGCAUCCUGAAAUCUGUAUAUUUAUUUAAAUCUAUUGAUUUUUUUAGGCAGUAAUUGUCAAGAUAUAAUUUGUAAUAAAUAAUGACAACAGUCA